AUGGCUUGUCACGAUUUGCCCCAGACAAACCAUCGUAGCCCAGAGAAACGAGAGCCCGGCCCGGCAGACGCCCGCAAGCUCCGCGCUCCCCAAGCCGUCAACCACGGCCACGGCCUCGUCCCUGAAACCGCUGAAACCUCCUCCAGCACCUGCAGCCAUGACGACCAAGCCCUCAUCUCCUGGGGACCUGACGACCCCCAAAACCCGCACAACUGGUCCACCCCCAGAAAGGCCUUCGUGGUCGUCAUAAUCGUCCUCAUGGUCUUCAACUCCAGCAUGUCGUCUGCCCUUCCCAGCAUGGCCAUUCCCAGCAUCACGGCCGAGCUGGGCGCCUCGUCCGCAGCCGCCGGUGUCCUGCCCAUCAGCAUGUUCCUCGUGGGCUACAUUUUCGGCCCGCUCAUCUGGGCGCCCCUUACAGAACACUACGGAAGGAGAUGCUUGACCGUCCUCACCUUUGCCGCCUUUUCGCUCUUCACCAUGGCGUGUGCCGUUGCCCCCAGCUGGCCGUCCUUCUUGGCCUUUAGGGUGCUCACCGGUCUUUUUGCCGGAGCGCCCAUCGCCACCUCGGCGGGCAUCAUGGCCGACCUGUUCCCGGACCACACGACUAGAGGGCGCGUGUUGGCCAUUUACAUGAGUUCCAUUCUAUGGGGCCCUUUAAUCGCCCCCGUCAUAUCAGGCUUCUCCGCCAUCUCCAUCGGCUGGCGCUGGACUUUCUGGAUCGGCUUCAUAUUCGCCGCCGCAUCCUUCUGCCUCGUGGCCUGGCUCCCCGAAACCUUUGCUCCAACUCUUCUUGCCCGGAGAGCCCAGAGGUUGCGCCGGCCAGCCCCCCCCUCUUGUCGCUUGCUUGCCCCCGGGGAGCUUCAGGAGAGGACCUUGGCACAGCUUCUCGCCAACGUCAUCACCCGGCCCGUGCGCAUGCUCGCCUCCGAGCUCAUCGUCAUAGCCACGUCCUUGUACGUGGCUCUCGUGUACGCCGUCUUCUACAUGUCGUUCCAGGCCUUCCCCAUCAUCUUCCGCGGCCUGUACGGGCUCAGCCCCGCCGAAACGGGCCUGACCUACCUUCUCAUCGGGGCCGGCGGCACGCUCAGCCUCCCCGUCGCCUGGUCCUGGGACAUGGCCUUGGCGAAGGCCCAGAAGCGAGGAUCCUGGUGGUCCGGACGCGAGGAAUUCCGGCGACUCCCGCUGGCUUGCAUGGGCGGCCCGCUCUUUGUCGUCUCCCUCCUUUGGCUGGGCUUCGGCGCCAAGACAUCCGUGUCCUUUGUCGUGCCCAUGCUGGCCGGCGUGCCCUUUGGCCUGGGCUUCAUGCUGAUAUUCACGUCCAUGCUCAACUACCUCACGGACGCCUACGAGACCUUUGCCGCCUCCGCCAACGCGGCUGCCUCGUGCUGUCGGUCCAUCUUGGCAAUGGUGCUGCCCCUGGCCACGACGCCCAUGUUUCGGCAGCUUCGUGUUGCCGGCGCGUGCGCGCUCAUUGCCGGGCUGAGCGCGCUGAUGUGCGUCAUUCCCUUCCUCUUCAUCUGGAAGGGGCCCGGCAUCAGGGAGAGAUCCAGCUUUUGCAUCGCCUUGAAGGAGCAGAAGGAAAAGACGCAGCAGACAAGACAGGACGCUCGACGGGCAAGCGCGGAAAGCGCGCGGGCUCGAGGACCGGGCAAGGGAACGGAUGUGGUAAUCAUUGAAGUCGUUUAG